AGGCGCGGAGGCCGGCUCUCGCAACUCAAGAUGGCGGACGAGAGUGAGACAGCAGUGAAGCCGCCGGCACCUCCGCUGCCGCAGAUGAUGGAAGGGAACGGAAACGGUCAUGAGCACUGCAGCGAUUGCGAGAACGAGGAGGACAACAGCUACAACCGGGGUGGUUUGAGUCCAGCCAAUGACACUGGAGCCAAAAAGAAGAAAAAGAAACAAAAAAAGAAGAAAGAGAAAGGCAGUGAAACCGAUUCAGCCCAGGAUCAGCCUGUGAAGAUGAACUCUUUGCCAGCAGAGAGGAUCCAGGAAAUACAGAAGGCCAUUGAAUUGUUUUCAGUGGGUCAGGGACCUGCCAAAACCAUGGAGGAAGCUAGCAAGCGAAGCUACCAGUUCUGGGACACACAACCUGUCCCCAAACUGGGAGAAGUGGUGAACACCCACGGUCCCGUGGAGCCUGACAAAGACAACAUCCGCCGGGAGCCCUACACCCUGCCCCAGGGCUUCACCUGGGAUGCCUUGGACCUGGGCGACCGGGGUGUGCUGAAAGAACUGUAUACCCUCCUGAAUGAGAAUUAUGUGGAAGAUGAUGACAACAUGUUCCGAUUUGAUUAUUCCCCAGAAUUUCUUUUGUGGGCUCUCCGGCCGCCUGGCUGGCUCCCCCAGUGGCACUGCGGGGUUCGAGUGGUCUCAAGUCGGAAACUGGUUGGGUUCAUUAGUGCCAUCCCAGCAAACAUCCACAUCUAUGACACAGAGAAGAAGAUGGUGGAGAUCAACUUCCUAUGUGUCCACAAGAAGCUGCGCUCUAAGAGGGUGGCUCCCGUCCUGAUCCGAGAGAUAACCCGGCGGGUUCACCUGGAGGGCAUUUUCCAAGCUGUUUACACUGCCGGGGUGGUCUUACCAAAGCCUGUUGGCACUUGCAGGUACUGGCAUCGGUCCCUAAACCCCCGGAAGCUGAUUGAAGUGAAGUUCUCCCACCUGAGCAGAAAUAUGACUAUGCAGCGUACCAUGAAGCUCUACCGACUGCCAGAGACUCCCAAGACAGCCGGGCUGCGACCAAUGGAAAAAAAAGACAUUCCAGUAGUGCACCAGCUUCUCACUAGGUACCUGAAGCAGUUCCACCUCACGCCAGUCAUGAGCCAGGAAGAGGUGGAGCACUGGUUCUACCCCCAGGAGAAUAUCAUCGACACUUUUGUGGUGGAGAAUGCAAACGGAGAGGUGACGGAUUUCCUGAGCUUUUAUACACUUCCUUCCACCAUCAUGAACCAUCCAACCCACAAGAGUCUAAAGGCUGCUUAUUCUUUCUACAACGUUCACACCCAGACCCCUCUUCUAGACCUCAUGAGCGAUGCCCUUGUUCUCGCCAAAAUGAAAGGGUUUGACGUGUUCAAUGCACUGGAUCUCAUGGAGAACAAAACCUUCCUGGAGAAGCUCAAGUUUGGCAUAGGGGAUGGCAACCUGCAGUAUUAUCUUUACAAUUGGAAGUGCCCCAGCAUGGGGGCGGAGAAGGUUGGGCUGGUGUUACAGUAACCAGUUGCCAGUGAGAUUCUGGAUAAAGCCACUGAGAAUUCAAACCAGGAAAUGGAACCCCACCACUUGUUGGUCCAAUUUUCACAAACGUGAGAGUCCCAGGCAAAGGGAACAGAACUGAACCGGCUUUACCAAACCACCACUGAACUUGACAAUUGUAUUGCAAGCGUAGGCUGCGUGAUGUCACCUCUGGCCAUGUCUCUGGUCUCCCUGUUUUCCAAUUUAUCACAUUCUUAUGCAGCCGUGAUCAAGGGAAUGUAACUGCUGAAAGCUAGCUCGUGAUUGGCAUAUUAUGGAGUUAACGGGUGAAUAAUAAAAGUAUAUAUAUAUAUUAUAUAUAUAAA